ACAGAGAAUAAAUCCCAAAUUUGUUUUUUUCAAUCUUCACGCAAAAGGAAUAAUAAAUUUUCUCUGACGGUUUCAAGCUCUCAUCGGAACCCUAGAUCUGUUUCUUUUUCCGAUUUGGAUUUCGCUGUUUUUCUGAUUCAGAUCUGAGUGUGAAUUUUAUCAGAUUCUGAUUUCAUAAUUUGAUGUCGAAACCUUGGGGUGGGAUUGGAAUUGGGGCUUGGGCUGAUGAAGCAGAGCGCGCCGAUGAAGAACAAGCGGCGGAAGCUGCUUCUGCGACGGCGGAUACACAGAGUUUUCCUAGCCUGAGAGAAGCUGCUGCGGCGACUGCGACUAAUGCUAAGUCUAGGAAGAUGAAGAAGAUGAGUUUAUCUGAGUUCACCACAGGUGGUUACACAGCACCUGGAGGUAGGAACUCUGUUGGAUUGACUCACCAAGAGAUUCUUCAAUUACCCACUGGUCCGAGGCAACGCUCUGAGGAUGAAAUGCAACCUGGUCGUUUAGGUGGUGGGUUCUCCUCUUAUGGUGGUCGUUCUGGUGGAGGAGGUUCUGGGAGAAUGGGGAGAGAUCGUGAUGAUUCUGAUGGCUCUUGGGGUGGUGGUGGUGGAAGGAGACCUUACGGUGGUGGUUUUGAUGAUGAUAGGAGAGGGAAUCAGUCUAGGGUUUCGGAUUUUCCUCAACCUUCUAGGGCUGAUGAGGUUGAUGAUUGGGGGAAAGCCAAGAAACCGCUUCCUUCUUUUGAUCAAGGACGACAAGGUCGUUACGGUGGCGGCGGCGGUGGUGGUUUUGGAGGCGGCGGAGGUGGUGGAGAUGGUGGGUUAUCUGGAAGAGCUGAUGGUGUUGAUAAUUGGGGUGCAGGGAAAAAGCAAGCAGCACCGGUUAGGUCAUCUACAUUUGGGUCGAGUUUUGGUGAUUCAGGCCGUGAAUCUGACCGUUGGUCCAGAGGAGAAGUAGUAGGAGGUGGUGUUCAGGAGGAACGUCGUCGUUUGGUUCUGGAACCACGAAAGGUUGUUGUUGACUCAGGAGCGAGUGAGACUCCACCUGUUGUUGAGAAGACGAGUAAGCCUAACCCGUUUGGGGCAGCUAGACCGAGGGAAGAGAUUUUGGCGGAGAAAGGGUUGGACUGGAAGAAGAUUGACUCAGAUAUUGAGGCUAAGAAAGGAAGUUCUCAAACGAGUAGGCCGACGAGCGCCCAUUCGAGCAGGCCUUCUAGUGCUCAAUCUAACAGGUCUGAGAGUUCAGGGUUGAAUAAUGUGGUGAAACCGAGACCAAAGGUGAAUCCUUUUGGUGAUGCUAAGCCUCGAGAAGUGUUGUUGGAGGAACAAGGGAAGGAUUGGCGUAAAAUGGAUAUGGAACUUGAGCAUCGCAGAGUUGACAGGCCUGAAACAGAUGAAGAGAAGAUGUUGAAGGAAGAGAUUGAAGAGCUAAGGAAAAAACUCGAGAAGGAAUCCAUUGCUCCAGAGAUCAAGGAUUCUGAACAAGAACCCGGCAGUAAUAAUAAUCACAAUGAUUUACCGGAAAUAUUACGCGGGAAAGAGAAAGAUCUUGAAAUACUAACCCGUGAGUUGGACGACAAAGUCAGGUUCAGGCAGAAAGCAAUUGAAAGGCCCGGGUCUGGUGCAGGCAGAACAGGAACAUAUUCAGAAAGAUCACAUUCCCGGGCUGGAUCAAUUGAUGAAACGAGGAGUUUUGAAUCCACUGAGAGACCCAGAUCACGUGGUGCCGUUGAUGCCUGGGUUAGACCCGUUGAUGAUCAGCGCAGAAACUUCCAAGGAAGCAAAGAGCGUGGAUUCUUCAGCAACAGGUCGUCCUCUAGGGAAGGUUGGUAAGAAGAAAACGAAGAACAACCAAAUGUGGGAUAUGUUUAACUACUACACAGUUCCCAGAUUUUGAAGAAGACUUAGAGAAGAAGCGUUAAUUUCAUUAAUAAAUAUUUAUAAAAACCCUAAUCUUUGUUCUUUUUUUGUUGGUUAAUCUUCGGAAUCGGAGCGUCGUUGUUUGUUUUGGUCUUCUGCUCAGCGAAGGCGUGUGUGUCAAGAGAACGUGUCUCUUCUGUUAUAUUUUAAGACUCUUUGGAAUCUUGAUUGUUAUAUUUUUUGUAGUUAAUCCUGCUUUCGUAUC